AUGAGGUUCUGCGCGCUUACCUUAGGUGUUGUGGCCGGGAGUGGGAAAGAUAUCCCAUCCUUUCUGGCGGGAGGGUACAGCUCGGAGCUGUAUUACCUCCUGAACCCCCUUGCCCUCCUUGAUAUGUAUUUGCAGUUACAUUAUCCAUCCACUAGAGGGCUCUGUAUGCUGUACAUCGGGCUAGAGUGGAUGUCGUCCCUGGUAAACAAUGCGGUUUGGGACCUGGCCGGGCGCGGCUCGGUCCCGUGUGAACGCGUCUCUGUCUCCGCUCCAGAGCCCGUUGGAGAGACGCUGUUCAAGGAGGGGAAGAGCCCGACGUGGGGCUCGCUCAGCCCCGGCGUGCAGAAAGGCAGCGGGCAGAUCCAGCUCUGGCAGUUCCUGCUGGAGCUGCUGUCGGACAGCAGCAACUCCGGCUGCAUCACGUGGGAGGGCACCAACGGGGAGUUCAAGAUGACGGACCCGGACGAGGUGGCGCGGCGCUGGGGCGCCCGCAAGAGCAAGCCCAACAUGAACUACGACAAGCUGAGCCGGGCGCUGCGCUACUACUACGACAAGAGCAUCAUGACCAAGGUGCACGGCAAGCGCUACGCCUACAAGUUCGACUUCCAGGGCCUGGCGCAGGUGUGCCAGCCAGCAGCGCCCGAGCACGCCCUCUACAAGCUCCCGGGCAGCCUGGCGCUGUCUGCUGGCAGUGGAGUAUUAGGGGAGAGCCGCUGCAUGUCCCUGCCCUGGAACUGA